AUGGAUCGGCGGUCCAGGGCUCAGCAGUGGCGCCGAGCUCGCCAUAACUACAACGACCUGUGCCCGCCCAUCGGCCGCCGGGCCGCCACCGCGCUGCUCUGGCUCUCGUGCUCCCUCGCGCUGCUCCGCGCCCUCGCCUCCUCCAACGCCCGCGCCCAGCAACGCCGCAGCCUCCUCAACGCCCACCACCGCUCCGCCGCGCAGCUGCCCCCUGAGCCCCCCGAGUCCGACCACGAGCACGAGGAGGCCGACCUCCACCUGUCCCUCCCCGAGUGCCUCGACGACGACGAAGAGUCCGACUACGAGUCGGAGACCGAGCCCGACUCCGAGACCGACUUCGAGACCGAGUCCGAGACCGCCCCCACCACCGAACCCGAGACCGAGCCCGAGGACGAGCGCGGCCCGGUGGUGCCCAAGCGCCCCCCCUUCGGCCAGUCUCUCACCGAGCGUCUGCGCGCGCUGAGGCUGCGGAGCCCCGACGCCUCCCCAAGUCGCGGGCAGCCCAGCACUCAGGAGCCCCAGGGCCCCACCGAGGGGGAGGAGCCCGAGCAGGACGGAAAGGAUCCGCGGGACCCCGAGGAGACCGAGGAGCCCAAAGAGAAGAGGCAGCCGCGCCGCUGCAAGCCCAAGAAGACCACCCGCCGCGACCCAUCUCCGGAGUCCCCUUCCAGGAGGGGGCCCAUCCCCAUCCGGCGCCACUGA